AUGAAAGGAGGGUGGGCAUCCUCUGCGGGGAGCAACGGCGCGCCCAAUCCUCCCACCCUGUUGGCAGUCCAACCCUUGAUGACGCAACCCAGCACGCCCGUGCCGGUCUCGAUACACCCUGUACAACAACAGCAGCCUGCCGCGGCAGCGCCGGCCGUCGUUUGUUCUGCCCAACCGAAGCAGGACACGUCCACCCUUGACAACAACCCUCUCGACCGCAUCCUGACAUCCUCCGAAGAAGGCAGGAUCGACGCCUUCCUACCCCUAGCAGCCGCGAUAGGACCCUCCGCAGGAGAUUACAUGGCUGACACCAUCGGCAGGAAGAAGACCCUGCUCAUCGGCGCCACUUCAUUCAUCCUAGCCUACAUCCUCAAUAUCAUAGCAACCAACGUGUACUAA